UGUAAGUGAGAGCCACCAUCAGUAACCAUGGGGUCGUGGACGCGGACAGUCGUGCUUUCAGUGGCCGUGCUCACCGCAGCGACACUUUCCUCGCCUCUCAUCAAUGAACUUGAACCGGGAAAAGAUUGGCCUCCACGCGGAUCAGUACAGCAACCAGAAAACCAGACAGAGGCUGCGAUUAUUCCAACCGAAGCUUAUACGUCCACAAGCGAAUUUGUAGAAGAAGCUCCUUCUGAAGUUAAAGACGACGAGGAAGAAGAAAUUACUAUCCUUGCCCGAACCGCUGAAAAAAGCAAUUCUAAAGUAGACUACUCUGGGGCACAGUUAUGGAAAGUUUCUACAGAAAGAAACGGCGUACGUGUGAUUUUAGGAAGACUGCGACGCAGAAAUCUUAUAUCAACGUGGGCUGGAAAUCAGACGUAUAUCGACGUACUGGUCAAGCCAAAUGCUGUGGCGAACGUUACAAGAAUUUUUGCACGAGAAAAUAUUUCCUACGAGGUUAUUAUUGAUGACUUACAAAGAAGGAUUAAUGAAGAGAAUCCACCGUUAGACGAGAAUGAAGUAGAACUACAGGACAGACGAGGUCAUCGUAUGACGUGGAAACAGUACCACAGAUUAGAAGACAUUCAUGGAUUUAUGGAUUAUCUAGCGAAAACAUAUCCGAAAAUCGUCAGCGUCAAUAGUAUUGGAAAAUCAUUCGAAGGACGGGAUCUCAAGGUGCUACGUAUUUCCAAUGGCGCACCAGAUAACAAAGCAAUACUUAUUGAUGGAGGAAUACACGCGCGUGAAUGGAUCAGUCCAGCAACGGUGACUUACUUCAUCAACCAAAUCGCUGAGAACUUCGAUGAAGAGUCUGAUGACAUUAAGAACAUUGACUGGUACUUCCUGCCAGUAGCCAAUCCUGACGGGUAUGAAUACACACAUGUAGUGGAUCGCUUAUGGCGUAAGAACAGGAAACCAACCUACAUUGCAGGCAGAUCUUGCAUUGGUGCGGAUCUCAACAGGAACUUUGGUUACCGAUGGGGUGGUAAAGGAGCAUCUAACAAUCCCUGCAGCGAAAUUUAUCGAGGUGCCAGAGCUUUCUCAGAACCCGAAUCCCGCGCAAUGUCCGAAUUCAUCAAGAAUAGUGCAACUCCCUUCUCAGCCUAUAUAACAUAUCACAGCUAUGGACAGUACCUACUUUAUCCAUGGGGUUAUGACAAUGCAGUAACUCCAGAUCAUAAGGACUUGGAUGUAGUUGGCAAAAGAAUAGCAGAAGCUAUUGCAAACACAGGAGGAUCGAAAUACUCAGUUGGUUCAUCUAGUGGACUUUUAUACCCUGCUGCAGGUGGUUCGGAUGACUGGGCCAAAGCACAAGGAAUCAAAUAUACAUAUACAAUUGAACUGAGUGACACUGGACGUUAUGGAUUUGUAUUACCCACUUCUUAUAUUGAACCAGUUGCCAGAGAGUCAUUUUCUGGUUUAAGAGUACUUGCUAAACACGUAAAUGACCUCUAAAGGCCAGCGCAAAUAAACAAAGUGGAGUCGAGUUUUUUGAUAACUACCUAAAUUCAGCUUUAUGUACUUCUACAUACUGUUGAAAUCAGUAUGCUG